AUGGGACGGCCAGAAGCAGAUGCAGAGAAGGAAAAAGGGAACGCUGCGUAUAAAAAGAAGGAUUUUGAGACUGCUAUAGCUUGUUAUGACAAGGCGAUUGAGCUUGAUCCAACAUGUAUAACCUACUAUACAAACAAAGCAGCGGUGUUCUUUGAGAAACAUGAAUAUGACAUGUGUAUAGAGGUGUGCGAAAAGGCCGUUGAAGUGGGACGGGAAAACCGAGCAGAUUACAAGCUGGUGGCUAAGGCUUACGCUCGUGCCGCUCAUGCUUGUGAAAAGAAAGAAGACUAUGCAAAUGCGAAAAAGUAUUAUGACAAGUCAUUGUCAGAAUCGCGACAACCAGAUGUUGAGAAGGCCGCUAAGGCUCUAGACAAACUCAUCAAAGAGAAAGAAAAGUUGGCGUACAUUAACCCCGAGCAGGCGGAGAUAGAAAAAGCCAAGGGUAAUGAACUAUUUUCGAAGGGUGAUUAUCCGGGGGCAAUUAAACACUACACCGAGGCAAUCAGAAGAAACCCCACUGAUGCCAAAUUAUACAGUAAUCGCGCAGCCUGUUAUACCAAACUGAUGGAAUUCCCACUUGCUGUCAGUGACUGUAACGCUUGCAUCGAGCUGGACCCGAAGUUUAUCAAAGGAUAUCUUAGAAAAGGAGCUGCAUGUAAUGCAAUGAAAGACUUCACUCAAGCAAGAAAAGCUUUCCGGAAGGCUCUAGAACUGGAUUCUGACUGUACAGAGGCCAGGGAGGGUCUUAUGCAAUCAUAUACCAACGAUGAUGAUCCAGAAGCAGCCCGCAAACGUGCCGUAAACGAUCCCGAAAUAGCUUCAAUCCUAUCUGAUCCAGCCAUGCGCGUUAUUUUAGACCAAAUGUCAGAUCCUACUGCUCUUCGCGAACACCUGAAUAAUCCCGAAAUAGCAUCCAAGUUAAUGAAAUUGAUCGAUGCUGGCCUUAUAUCCUUCCGAUGA